UGGCGGUCGUUUACGUCACCGGGUGACGUCACGAGUGCUACUAAAUGGCAGGCGGCGGUAAAUGAAGGUGCAAAGUGCGGCUCGCCACUCUCCCGAACGUGAUUCUUUCGUUUAUUUUGGAAAGACCGCCGUGUUUGUUUCUUUUGAUUCGUGCGUGGACACCCCGCCACACACGCGAUGUUGUCGUCCCUCAAGACCCUGCUGCUGCUCUCGGUUCUUUGCCCGCCCUCCUCCUGCUUGUGUCUCCGCUUGGCCCGCGGCCGCUCGGACCUCCUGUGCGACAACCAGAUGGCCGCCGGCGGCCGCUUCUCCUCCGAGAACGUCUGGGGCUCCCUACUGCAGUCCUCCGCGGAGUACCUGGGCGCCUCCGCGUCCGAGGAGUCGUCGAGCCGGGAGAAAAGGACUUUCAACCCGGCUAAGUCGCGCUUCCAGAGCCGGGCCAAGCUCCGCGGCUCGCUGCUGCGGAACGGCGGCAAGGAGGAGCGCAGGAGCCAGCUGACUCUGUCCCUGGACUUGCCCACCAACAUCAUGAACGUGAUCUUCGAAAUGGCCAAAGACCAAAACCUGCGCUCGAAGGCGGACGAGAACGCGCGUCUGCUCGCGCGCAUCGGUCGGAGGAAGUGACGCUUUUGCGUUGUAUUUUAAAAGGAACUUUGUACGAGUUGUUUGUCUUUGCGUUCGCAUUAUGUUAUUGUUGGGGACAAAUGACUUCCAGACCGACGCCUCACUGAAAAAUGGCUGGAUUUGUUGUAAAGGCGAGACCGGCAAAUCACUGCAUUGCCAUUUAUCGCUUCAUGGGAGUCAACAACUCAUCUCUUGAUUAAAUCUGUACGAACUGUUUCAAAGACUAAAGCUGACUGUGUUAUUCGAGCAUUCGCUUAACUUCCUCAUGCAAUAUUUUUCCCUUCAUCUCCUUUCCCAGCGGCUUCGUUUUUCAUGUUUGCUGUUCAAAGUUUCAGUGCCCGUUGAAAAAUGCACGGAAAUGUCUGUGUGAAUGCGUGCUCCUCAGAUGUGUUAUUUUUAUACGCAAAAUUAUUUUCCCCAAAUAAAGCAGACGCAACAAACA